GGGAGUUGUAGUUUUGCAACAGCUGGAGGCCCCCUGGUUGGGAAGCACUGUCUUUACUCUGCCACCUCUUGAGAACUACACCUCCCGGCAUCCCCAUCCGCGCUGUGAUUGGCCCGCUGCUGGUGACGUCACAUGUUUUGGAUCUUUAGUGUCAUGUGUUCAGUGCUCUUUGUUUUCAAGGAGACAGAAGCUUUUCUAUCAUCAUUGUGUGUGACGUGCUGAGCACAGCAGAGCGGAGCCGGACACUACAACACCUCGUCCAUGCUGGACAGGAGCAGCCAGAUAUGGUCCCAGCAUUUAUCAGACUCCUGAAACGCGUCUCUGUACUGAACAGAAAAGAGUAGAACGUGUACCUGAACUAUCAAUGAACUGUAUCUGAAGAGGACUUAUCAGCUCUUCAAUCUUCACUUUCCAUGUGUGAAUUGUUCAGAAAUCAUGGCUUACGAAAAAGACCACUAGGGGUCCCUGUGUAAUCCACAACAUAAUCCUGUCUGGCUGCAGCAUCUUCUGGACUUUGUCUCGGCUGAAGCACAGGCAUGGACAAAGUCCAGGAAGUGAGGGAGGACUCGCACUCCUCUGGGCUCUCUCCUGUUCAAUCAGGCUGCAGCAUGAAAAGAGGAAGGAGAGGAGGUUACAGAUCAGCCUGCAGUGAUUGGAUGAAGAGACCCACCACAGCACAGCGGACUCAGGGAGGAAUAUGAGUCAUGCAGUGUGAGGAUAGGCCCUCUUCAAAGCAUAGGAUGAAAAACCAAGUGAGCAACAGAUUGAAGGUACUCUUUUAAAUCCAAAACAAGGGAUACAUCCAGGCAUGCUGCGUGUGUGUGUAGUUGAUUUGGCUGUAAAUUACAUAUAUAUGCCAUUGUUUAGGCUCUGCCAACAUACCUGUUCUGCACCAGUGACAGUAAAUAUUGUUUAGGAGUUUCCGCAGGCUGCGAGGUGAUCUGACAGGUAUUAGAAUAAUCUUUUCAGGCCUGUUGUGUAUCCACACAACUGAACAAUGGUACUCAUAUUAGGACGCCGAUUAAACAGAGAGGAGAGUGGAGUUCGUGAGUCUCCUGCAACCAAGAGAAAAGUCUUUGAGAUGGACCAAAAGUUGUCAGGUCACGAAGUGUUCGAUUUUAAUUCUGGUUCUUCUCACUCUGAAAGUAUCUUGCAAGUCUUCAAUGAGUUUCGGGAGAGCCGCUUGUUUACCGAUGUCAUCAUAUGUGUGGAAGGCAGAGAAUUCCCAUGUCACAGAGCAGUCCUCUCAGCCUGUAGCAGCUACUUCAGGGCCAUGUUCUGCAAUGAUCACAGAGAAAGCAGGGAGAUGUUGGUGGAGAUCAAUGGUAUUUUUGCUGAAGCUAUGGAUUGCUUUUUGCAGUAUGUAUACACAGGAAAAGUCAAGAUCACUACUGAAAAUGUACAGUAUUUGUUUGAGACCUCCAGCUUGUUCCAGAUCAGUGUGUUGCGUGAUGCAUGCGCCAAGUUUUUAGAAGAGCAGCUUGACCCAUGCAAUUGCUUGGGGAUCCAACACUUUGCCGACACUCACUCCCUCAAGACACUCUUCACCAAGUGCAAAACGUAUGCACAACAAGCUUUUGAAGUGGUUGUCCAACAUGAAGAGUUUUUGGAGCUGGGAAAAGCUGAAGUAAUUGAUUACAUCAGUAGCGACGAUCUUGUUGUCAGCAAAGAAGAGUUUGUGUUUGAGGCUGUCAUGCGAUGGGUGUACCACCAUGUUGAUGUCAGGAGACCUAUGUUGCAUGAACUCUUAACACAUGUUCGGCUACCUCUGCUGCAUCCUAACUACUUUGUCCAAACCGUAGAAGUCGAUCAGUUAAUUCAGAACUCCCCAGAAUCUUACCAGCUGCUCCAUGAAGCCAGGAGAUAUCACAUACUUGGAAAUGAGAUGAUGUCACCACGAACCAGACCACGCAGGUCCACUGGCUACUCGGAGGUCAUUGUCGUAGUGGGAGGCUGUGAACGUGUUGGCGGAUUUAAUCUUCCUUAUACUGAAUGCUAUGAUCCGGUGACCGGAGAGUGGAAAUCACUGGCAAAACUUCCAGAAUUCACAAAGUCAGAAUAUGCAGUGUGUGCCUUAAGGAAUGACAUUCUUGUGUCAGGUGGAAGGAUCAACAGUCGUGAUGUCUGGAUCUAUAAUUCUCAGCUUAAUAUUUGGAUCAGAGUUGCCUCCUUGAACAAAGGAAGAUGGCGUCAUAAAAUGGCUGUUCUUCUAGGGAAAGUGUAUGUGGUUGGGGGAUACGAUGGGCAGAACAGGCUGAGCAGUGUUGAAUGUUACGAUUCUUUUUCUAAUCGAUGGACUGAUGUGGCUCCAUUAAAGGAGGCGGUGAGCUCGCCCGCUGUCACCAGCUGUGUGGGCAAAUUAUUUGUGAUCGGAGGAGGACCAGACGACAACACAUGCUCUGACAAGGUUCAAUGCUAUGAUCCAGACACAAAUACUUGGUUACUACGUGCCUCAAUUCCUAUAGCGAAGAGAUGCAUCACGGCUGUGUCCUUAAACAACCUCAUCUAUGUAGCUGGAGGACUCACAAAGGCAAUUUACUGCUAUGACCCCGUGGAAGAUUACUGGAUACAUGUGCAGAACACAUUCAGCAGACAGGUGGUAGGGCCCUCUGAAUUGAACACAGUUCUCAAGGAGAACUGCGGCAUGUCUGUCUGCAAUGGCAAAAUCUUUAUACUUGGUGGACGAGGUGAGAACGGAGAGGCGACCGACACCAUCUUGUGCUACGAUCCAGCGACCAGCAUCAUCACAGGAGUGGCCGCUAUGCCCAGACCAGUCUCUUACCAUGGCUGUGUGACAAUUCACAGAUAUAAUGAUAAGCCCUUCAAAAUGUGACCAGCAGGAAGGGUAGAAGGGACAGGGACAUCUAAAUGAACGCUAUUAAGCAACACUUUACUAUCAAGAAACUGGCCAUUUAUUCUGUUCAUGUAUUUGGGGAAUCUGUCAUUGAAAAGUUUUGUGGUCUAAAAUUCAGCAGCAAAGGACCAUGUGUUUUCUUAAUAAAUUUGGGGUUUCUGUCACCUGACAAAACAACCAAGGCCUACAUAUAAAACUGUGGAGCAAGAAGAUGAUGACCUAUUUACAGUUACCUAUAAGGACACAAUCACUCAAUGAUAAGUCGCUUAUUACCAGAGAUAAUGCACACUUUCUGCCUUUGUGGUGUUCUUGUAAGUAUGCCAAAUAGAUUUUGUGCGGCCAAUGCCUUAUUAUUUAUAGUCGUGGGGAAAGGACUAUAAAUCUGUAUUAUUUGUAUAAAAAAAAAACAACUUUUUCUAUGCACUCUUUUCAAUAUGUGUAUGUGUUCUAGAUUCUGAGUGUAUUUAACAUGCAUGAAAGCAUUUUGUGAUUUCAGAGUUUUGGAGACAGUAAAGGAUGUCAAGUAUUCCCUAUGAUACCAUUGACUUUCCCUGUGUGUGGGAUAAACUGUAUUAUUAAUAAUAAUUGAGAUUCAGUGACAAUUGGUAAAAUAUCAGUAAUGUAAGUUCUUAUCCGUAACACCAUUCUUGUCCAUGGGGGAUGAAUGGGAACUUCACUUCAGUAAUCCAGCACCACCACUACACAAUGAAUGUAGCCAUCUGCUUCUGGCCGCGUUCAUAAUGUAUAUACCCCUUUAAGUAAAACUCGGCAAAUGCACCGCCAUUUAUUCAGUCAACUGCCUAAAUUCGACUUUAUUUUCUGUUGAAUCCUGUCGAUGGUGCCUGUACAAAGUGUAUGUCCACUUAAAGUGUACCUCUCAUUUAAAAGAAAACUCUUGACAUGCCACAGAGACAUGCCAAAAGUUUUUAUCAGUCAGGGCCUCAGUGUUGAGACACCCACCAAGGCAUAGAUGGCUGAGAGCUUCUCCCCACCAGCUCUCCUGAUCGCUGGGGGUCUCAGUACUGAGACGCUGUAGAUAAAAAUCUUUGACAUAUUUCAAAAGUCGUAAAGGGAUGGUUUAAGAUCACUCAUCAUUUGCAGUUUAACAUCCUAAAGAAUGAGCAUCUAAAAAUCCAGCUGGGUUAGUCCAUAUUACAGCAGAUGUCUAUAAGCUUUCAAUCACAAGAACGGCUGUUUAUGUAAACCAUUUAGUUUUGUAUCUAGAAACAACUAAAGGUUUCCAAGCAUAAAAGUAAAAAUUAAGAGUUUGCAAGCUAGAUAAUGCAUGCACAUACUACAGACAUAUGUAUAACAAAGUCUGUUCUGCUAACAACAUGGUAUUGAUAUUGCAUAUAUAAAUGUUCUAGUGUUGUUCAAAGCCUAGUUUGUAUGGCCAAAUUAAUUUAAAAAAAAUGCCCAAAAAUUAAGGAAUUCCUCAAUUUACACACCCUUCAAGACAGUCUGACUCCUGGCAAAAAUUUUUUUAUAAAUAAAUAAAAAACACCCCCACCACGCUAAAACAGAGAUGUGUGCACCCACCUGGCCUGACUUGCAGACCGCAGUGAUUGUAUCUGUGCUCGCCUCCCUCAAUAGCUGCAGAACUACGAUCUCUCUCCCCUAAAGUAUUUGCAGUAGGUGAAACAGUUUACUAACACUAUUACAUCCAUUGUAUCAUUGAUGCAGUUGCCAAGAACUAUUCAGCUAAUAGCAGUGGGUUUGAGUUUUUCCUUAUGGAAUACUGCUUUAAAGUGAACCUCUAUUUAAAAAAAAAAAAAAACAACCUUUAAUAAGUCACAGAACAAAUGCAGUCCCAUUAAAUAGGCAUUAUUGUUUCAACAAACUCUGCAUAGAUAAAAUAGUACAUGCAGAUACACAAAACUUUUGUAUUAUAUCUUUUUAGACAAAAAUGCUUCUUCUCUUGUUAUCAAGCUUCUUUCCUUUACACCCCCUUUCUCUGUCCUGUGUUUAUGUCCCGCAACUCACUCAGGGAUAAAAUUACAAAUGCUAUACAAGGCUAUGGAGGGGGAAAAGGUAUAUGGGAGGGGGAGGUUGACUGGAAACACGUAAAAGCUAGAGAGAUACAACUCUGUGUACAGUGUAUGGCACCAUAGACAUUAGGUUCUACUCAUGAGCUCAGGGAGAACUUAAAUUAUAGAUGAAGCCUGCAGAGCAAAAAUCUGCUGAAAAAUGCAAUAUACAUGUUAUAUAAUAGCCAGGAAUAGUGCUUCAUGUUCACACCAAGGUAAGGGUGCAGCUGCCCCUAUAUUCUAACAGAUGGUAAGAGUCUCAGCUCACCACCCAAAAAAAUGCAACAUGUCUCUGGAAGCUUUCAAGCACCCAGAGGCACACUUUUAGUAUAAGCAGAAGAGUCAGAGAACAAGCCUUUCAUAAUCUGUCAUGGAUGGCGCAAAUUUCUGGUGCAAAUAGAAAAUAAACAUGGUGGACAUUUAUCAAGGUAUUUAUCAGCCCUAUCUAAGCAAAGUUCAGUUUUCACUUUGCUGUGGUCAGGUAUUUAUGAUGUGCGUAAGUCGCACGUAGGCAAAAAAAAAGUUUAAAAAAGUCGCAAGUCUACUCCAGGUCUGACCUGGAGUACAAAACUCCCAUACGUAAGCAAAUUAAAAAAGUUGCAAAAAAGUCUCACAAGAGUCUCUGCGAUGACUUUUUUGUUUUGCUUAUGUGCUCCAAAGUUAUCAACCCCCUGUGAUAGUAUGAUAAAUAUGUAGCACAUAAGCAAAACUAAAGCAAAAAAUAAAUAAAAAAAUGACUUCAGAACUCGCUUAUCGAAGCAAACAAUGAUCAAUGUCCCCCUAUGUCUUUCAGCAGUAGAAUGCUUCCGAAAAGAAGGAGGGCAUUGAUAAAUGUGGGUCAUAAUAUCUAUGCAGCAGCCAUCACAAUUAUCUGUAAACUGGCCAAGAGUAUACUAAAUGAAAGUACCCGCAGACAAUGUUACAAAACAACAAACAACCCCUUAGGCUAGGAUUCCUCUUGUUUUUUUUUCCAGCGUUUUCUUUUCACUGAGAAAAAAAAACACCAGAAAUCUCGCCAGUGCAAUUUCCUGUGUCUGACGUUUUUUCUGGCAUUUUUGCAUCUGAGUUGAAAUUGCAUUUUUGCCCCCUUUGGCGUUUAAAAAAAAAAAUGUGUUUGGUACCCAAAAAAAAAGAAGGAUGCAGUAAGGAUGGGGAAAAUUUUUUAUUUUUUAUAAUGAACUUUUAAUGAAUUUUUUAUAAAGUGUGUAUGUGUGUUUCACUUUUUUUUCUCUAUUUUUUUUUACAUUUUUCAGGUAAGACUACUACUCCCAUCAUGGAACAGAGUAGUAAUACCUGUACUAAUAGACAUUUCGCACCGGAUGCCACUCCUGACACCCGAUGCGAUCGUCCAUAAUAUAGCAGAGAUGCGGAGCGCUCGCAUCUCUGCAGUAUACUCUGGCCAGUGAUGUGAAUAGAACAUCACUCAUUCAUAUUUUCCGCCCAGAGUGGGGAUUGGCCGGAUGGUUGCAGCCAAUCACAGCUCUCAGCGGGAAAUAUGUACUCACUGGCCGGAGUACAGAGCAGAGGUAGGACGAUCACAGCGGAUGUCAGGAGUGACACUUGCUGUGAUCUGUCCUUAACUGCAGGUACUAUUACUCCCAACAUGGAGCACACUCUUCUCCAUGUUGGGAGCUGUAGUAC